CGGUCUAAAUAUAUUUUAUGCACGAGCUCGAUAACAUAAUUUUUUAUGCUCUGAGUUUGGGUUUAUUUAAACCAAGCUCAACUCAAUUUUGUUGAACUCAGACUCGUUUAUUAAAUUCGAAUACGAAUUCAAACUUUUGUCACCCAUCACCUUUGCCAAAUCGAAAAUCCAGUUACAUUCGGAUCCCAAUUCACAGAACUGAGAGAAGCGGAAACAAUGGCAGCUUUUCUAAUUCGCUUGUUCCUCAUUUUAUCAUCCCUAUUAACUCUCACCUCACAAAAUCAACACCAUGAGAUCGCCGAGGCCAAGCUCAAAAUCUCUCGAUUGGAAUCUAUUAUGGAGGAAAGCCUGCAGAAACUCGAUGCAAGGAGUAAUUAUAUCAAGGUGCGCGACAAUCUAAUUGAUGAACUGGCAAUCAAGAUUCAAGAUCUGCAAUCUCUCCUAUCCAAUAUUAAGCAUGACUUAUCACAUAACGAGGAAAGGGUUGCUGCAUUGGAAGAAGAGGUACGACUGCUGUGGGCUGUUUCCAGACAAAACAAUUUUGAUCUUCACAUUUUACAAUCUAAAGCACAGGAUGCUGAGGAUAGAUUGGAAGAGGUUACUUCACAAGUUGAAAAGAUGGCAGACUUUGUCAAUGAGCAGUGGAUUCAAAUUCAACAUCUUGAGCAGGCUCUCCAUAUGACAGAAAUGAGGGCACAUAAUGCUCAAAGGAAAUUGAGGGUUACAAAAUGCACAUUCUUGAAGUUUGUCAAUGAACUUUACGAAAAACAUCUUCCAAAGUUAUUAGGGGUAUUCGAUUCUUAUUUUUCUGGUGGAGAUUCUACUUUGAGGUCUUAUUUCUUUCAAGCGGAACAACAAUUUAAGAGAUUCUUUUCAGCUUUUAAGAAGUUUCACCAUGAGUUGCAAGGAUUAAUCAAACAAAAAAUGGAAAAGAAUGAAUUGACUGCUGCUCUUGUCAAUGAGGAACUCAUAUUUUUUGUGGCCUCUGCUCUAAUAACCUUCCCAGUAUUAACUGCUUGGAUGCUGCUCUCAUCAAAGUUCAGCUAGUUUUUUCGCUUUUAAAUGGCCGACUUCCUUUUCAUGAAAACAAGUCUAUUAUCCAAACUAGUCUUCAUUUUCUUUUCCAUUGAAGGCACAAGAAUGAUUGACUUAAUGCAACACCCCCAAAGCCCCCCCCUCCCAACCUUUGUAUCAAUUAACAUGUAUGAUUACUGUUAAAACCGUCACCGUUGCCCAUGUCCUUAAGUUUCUCUAUUGAUGAUUCUGGGAGACAACUGAUAAUGUCUUCCUUCAUAAUUUUGGAUAGACUUGUUUCCUUGAUCAGAUGAAUAUUAUCAUUCCAGUAGUUUUUUUAAUGUUGAUGAUGAUAGGUAUUGGACAUUUGCCCAGGUAAUCAAAGCGUUACAUGUUUACAAAA